UUAUAAGUGAUAGUAACCUGAGGUCAUAAAAUGACAUUUUCCGGAUUUCUACUUUGUAUUAGUGUUAUAUUGUUUAAUCAUUGUAUGGCCCAUGGAAGCAGGACAAAACUUCCACGUUUCGCAUUUGACCCAGACUUUAAACCGGCAAUUGUUGGGUCAUAUAGUUACGAUAUAGUAAAGGGAGAAUUUGUAGUACCCGAGGCAAACAAUUCGACAACUGAGAUCAAUAUAACCGAUAUAAUUCUUAGUAGUUCGACCAGCAGUCCUAUUACCCAGGAAGAUGUUAUUAGGAAAAACGUGGGAAAGUCAUUUAACUGGUGGUCACGCUCAAGACCGUCAUCGAGGAAUUUAACUAAUCCUUUAUUAUUCAUGGGAAAUAAAGUUCCAAAUCGUAGCACUGCAAUAACCGAAUAGUUAUAUAUCCAGAACUUAAUAAUAAUAAAACUUUUGUUUGUUGCCUUUCA